CACCGACGUCCCCAAUCCACCAUGAUGUCUGAUCAGCCGUCAACCUCCUCUUCGCUACAUCUGGCGCAGCUGUCAUCACUAGCUGCGGCAGUCACCUUCGACUUGACACACACACAUCGCUGGACAUGCCUUACUACACAUACAUUACCCUUCGAGGACCGUUUGGUUCUUACUGGUUAUCCGCCCGCAACGAUACAAGCGCCGAAUCCAGCGGAAACACUCAUUAUGCCACUGAGUCUGGACGAAACAUUCUCAUUACGUCAAUGGGCUGGUGUGUUUGAUGCUGCUGACCAGCUCGUGUCACAUCGGGAUGGGGAGGAAAAGCGAAGAUGGGGAAGUGCGUUGCUGGGGAUUGUGAGCGCAGAUUCUACGGUUGUUUAUUACACGAUGCAUGAUGGAAUCGUGAAGCCGAAGCAGAAUUAGGAGCAGUUUGAGACAAGGGAACUCGUUCCGAAACUGACACCUGUUGCAAUGAACGACUCGACCCCACCGGGAACAAUCGAAACUAAGGGGGUGCACGCCUAACCGUUUCUUGAAAACGCAAUAAUAUUCUGAACGACGGCGACGUCAAAGACACGACGCUGGCAGCCGCGUUCGAAAAGUAUCUCGGGAAAUUGGGU